UGGGUUUUUCUGUUUGGACUGCCACUACUGCUGUUGAAGGGGGAACAGGUAAAGGAGGAGGCCCACAAGGAACUGAUCAAAGAGUUUGAAGCCCAGAAGCCGUUCACAUGACAGAAGACAGUGCAGCUUUCAUUCCGAAAUGUAUUACAGACAAAAAGUACACCUUAGCAGCUGCUCUUCUUAUCACCGUUUUGACCAUUGCUUUAAUUGCAGUGGCUGUUAAAAAACCAGCGCCCUGCCCACAUUGUCCUCCACCUAUUGAUGCCAGCUGCCCGGAUGGUUGGGUUGGGUACCAAGGAAAAUGCUACUAUAUAUCAGCAGACGAAAGAAACUGGACUGCCAGUGAGAAGCACUGUUCUUCAUCUGGUGCCUCCUUAGCUGUCAUUGAUACCAAGCAAGAACUGGAUUUUUGGGUGAACUUUACUGGUCCUUUUCAUUACUGGAUUGGCCUGUCAAGAGAAACAGCCCAGGCUUGGAAAUGGCCUAAUGGCACAGUGUUUGAAAAUCAGUUUGAUGUCCGAGGAGAAGGCAACUGUGCCUACAUAAAUAACAAAGGUCUGAGUAGUAGCCGGUGUACUACACCAAAUAACUUCCUCUGUAGCCAGGAAGAUGCUUGCACCAGGAGGAAAAAACACACCAUAGCCAGAAGGAGUACGUUGUGAUCAACAUUUGUCUGAGGAAGAAAUCUUUGAAUAUUCAGAGAUACAGAAUGCCUUCGACUGUCAGAUUUUUUCAUAACUGAACAGAAGAUGCUUAAGCCCCAUUGCUGUUUUUUCCUGCUUUUACCCUCAUUCGAGAAUAUAAAGGAUAUGUCCCCCACUCCAUCCCUUUUUAAAGUUUGUCAGAAUGGGAACAGGUCAGAGCAUACAUUCCAUCA